UCAUGGUUCCGCCCCCGGCGCCCGGACGAGACCGUGCGGGCCGGGAGGAUGAAGACAGCUGGGAGGCGCGGGGAGACCGCAAGGCCCGGAAGCCCUUGGUGGAGAAGAAGCGGCGCGCGCGGAUCAACGAGAGCCUGCAGGAGCUGCGGCUGCUGCUGGCGGGCGCCGAGGUGCAGGCCAAGCUGGAAAACGCGGAGGUGCUGGAGCUGACGGUGCGGCGCGUGCAGGGCGCGUUGCGGGGCCGGGCGCGCGGGCGCGAGCAGCUGCAGGCGGAAGCCAGCGAGCGCUUCGCCGCCGGUUACAUCCAGUGCAUGCAUGAGGUGCACACGUUCGUGUCCACGUGCCAGGCCAUCGACGCCACCGUCGCCGCUGAGCUCCUAAACCACCUGCUGGAGUCCAUGCCGCUUCGUGAGGGCAGCAGCUUCCGGGAUCUGCUGGGGGAUGCCCUGGCCGGGCCCCCAGGAGCCCCUAGGCAAAGCAGCUGGCUUACAGGAGGGGCCUUGGGGUCCCCGCUACCCAGUCCCCCUGUCCCUGGGGACGACCUGUGCUCCGACCUGGAGGAGACCCCUGAAGCUGAACUGAGCCGUGCACCUGCGGAGGGGCUGGACUUGGUGCCCGCUGCCCUGGGCAGCCUGACCUCUGCCCACAUAGCCCAGAGCAUCUGGAGGCCUUGGUGACUAAUGCCAGCCCUUGUCCUGCCAGAGCUGGGCCCAGCCUUCCCAACUCUUGUCCCUCCUCCCUGGGGUCCAGAUGUGGUAGGGCAGGGUCCUGGUUGUCUCCCAGGUCUGCCCUCCCUCCUUUUCUGGUGGAUGGCUUGUAGGGAAGUCCUGGAAGACCAGUCCAGUCGGGUCCCAAGCCCUUUUCCUUAAGAGAGUAGCUUCUACCAACCCCACAGCCCUCCCUCCCCUUCCCCCGCGGGUGAAAGGAGGGGGCUACAGGCAGGAGGAAGAAUGUUGCAGGGCUCCCUGGCGGUCACCUGUCCCGGCCUUCUCAGGCUCUGUGGAUCAGGGGACAGAGGUGACCGGAGUGGUGCUGAGCCUCUCCACAGUGCAGGGCACCAGUGUCGUGGCCGAAGGAGACCUCUGGCCCUAGCAGCCCGGACCUGAAUAGAAGCUGGAACAUGCUACUUCAGCCAGGACACGGGAGACAGGUGCCCAGCUGCCCACAGCUGCCGGAGGAAAACGAGGCUUUUUGUAUGUUUUGCAUUUAGCAGACUUGAGUUUGUGUAUUAGGUUGCCAUCAAAUGUUCCAAUUCUACUAAAUAAAGGAUUUUGGA